CUGACGGUCGGUAGUUCUGAUGUUGUGCUGCGUCUCGAAAAAGGCCGCAGCAGGGGCGGACCUAGAGCCCCCUUUGCUAGGGCUCCAAUGUGGCAGAAUUGUUGCAAAUCGGGCAUCUGCGUUUGCAGCGAACCUAGGAAAUUCGUCGGUUCCUCGUUUCGCGAAAGAGAAGGCCGAAUUGACUCUGGAAGAAGAUCCAGUUUUAGAUGUGCCGUCCAUCCUUCUGCCGUGCGCAAUUUGCGCACGGACCUUCGCCCCGCAGUCGUUGGAGAAACACAUCAAGAUAUGCGAGAGAUCCACCAUCAAAAAGCGAAAGCCUUUUGAUUCCGCCAAGCAAAGAAUUCAAGGCACAGAACUUGAAGAGUUCCUUCCAAAACAGGAGAAUAAACGACCUCACCAGGAGGAAAGGAUUGGGACAUCGAAAACGUCGUGGAAACAGACACAUGCUGAAUUUCUUCAAGCAAUCAGAGCCGCACGUGGGGAGCCCAUUGAGGUACCAAGCAACAAGACGCCAAACCAUGUUACCUCUGGUGCACCGACUCGAGCUAAUGAAAAAGGCACUUGUCCCACCUGUAAUCGACAAUUUGGAAUUAAGGCAUACGACCGGCACGUGGCUUGGUGCAAGGAACGAUGCACUCGAGUUCCGCUCAGCCCUGCAACCAACUUAGCCAAGGAAAGACUGGAAGCCCGGAUAAGGUAUCGAGCACCAGCCCUGAAGAAUCGUAGACCCACUAUUCGAGAGAAAUAUAUGCCUGGUUCCGCCACUAAUUUGGGCUACGUUGCCAAAAGCUCACCUACAGCAAAUGCGAUGAAAGUCAGGGAAAGCGUGUCACUGCCCAACUGCAAUAAGGGCAACGACAGUCCAGCAAAACAGAAGUCAGCUGCACGGAAAGUUGGACAGAAUAGGGAUUCAUCCAUUCCAACUGGCCCUAUUAAAUCAAGACCAAUGGAUCGAGUAAGGCCACCUGAAGACUUGCAAUCCGAAUCCGCAAGAUCUCGUAUCUCUUUCCUCUCCUCUUCAUCCAAACAUCCUCUUCCUUCUCUGAAUCCAGGAAAAUUCACGAACUUUUCCAUCACGUCAAAUGCUAAUUAUCUCACUAAAUUCGAUACACGAGCUAUCGCAGAUCCAAUCAGUCAGCGCAAAAAUAGCGACUUGAUUAAAGCUCAGAAACGAAAUAUUGUUUCGGCGAGAAGUUAUGGAAAUCCAAAAUUAAAUGAUAUUGCUGCGAAUAACGACGAAUACGGAUUGAUGAUUCAACCGUGUUGUAUUCACCAGGAACACGAAUUCGUUACUUGGAAACAGAUUUCUAAAGAAAACCUCGAGUCUAAAGAAAAUGUAGAUAAUAAAAGAUACUCUAAUUCCAAACGACAGCUUCAAUCAAAAGAAUACUUAGAAUCCAAUAAUAAUGUUGAAUCGGAAUUAAAUUUAUUAAGCUUACAAAUUUCGGAAGACCAAGAAGCGAUUAAGAAGACGGGAAAGAGUAAAAUUUCUGAUGUUCUCAAUACAAUUACAUUAACUGAAAAUGAAUUGCUGGACAGAGAAAUUGAUUCGGAUUUGAGAACUACUUGGAUGAGCAGAGUUAGAAAAUUAGAUCAAACUUAUCUGAUAAAGGAAAAUAUUGAAGACAACUUAGGUGCUGAGGUAUGCGUAUCUGAGACUAUGGAACCUGUUUUAAAUAAUUCAAAAGUUAUGAAAGACAUUCGUGAGAAAUCUGUUUUUAAGAAAAAUUCGGAAAUUUUUAUUACAGAUAGUUAUAAGGGAAGUUUAAAAGAAUUACAUGCAGAAUUGGAUAAUCCUACUAAAUUUAACUAUAAAAUUAGUUUUACGAGCACACCUAUUUCGAAUCUUGUGAAUAAAGAAUUUUCGGAAGAGAAUAUUGAGAGUUCUGGACAAGCUAAUGACGAUUUUCAAGAAAAUGUAUUUUUGGACAUCAAGACAAAAGAAGGAGAUCUGAUUGAAAACGAGUUUUUAUCUCUCAAAGAUUUGGAUACUGGAGAAUGGAAAAAUAAUUCGGAAACAAGUGAAGAAUUAUUAAAGGGUGAAAAUCAGAAUUAUAUAAGGAGAAAAAAGAAGAUACAUGAGAAUGAAAUUGAGUCUGUGAAAAGUUUCGACUUUUCUGGUGUAGAAUUUAGUUUACAUGAAAAUAAAUCCAAGGAUGGGAAAAUAGAAUUCAGGAAAAAGGAUGAAAAUGAAUAUAAAUCAUCAAGAGAAGAAAGAAACGAAUCGAAAGAAUCGAGUGAAGAUAAGGAUUCAUUUUUAGAGCAAAGAAACGAAUUAUCUAUAGGAAGAAGAGAAGAGUUAUAUUUAGACAGAACAGAGGACUUAUCUUCAGAAAGUAGAGAGGAAUUAUGUUCGCAAAAAGGAAAAGAAAUUCCUGUUGAACUAGAAAAACAAUUAUCAUCAGAGCAACCAAAACCUCAAACAAUAAAAGAAAUAUCUUCUUUUCAUUCUUCUGAUUCCAAAAUUCAAAGUAUAGAUCAGAAAGAUUCAUCUAGACUAAGAAGUGGAACCUACAUUAUAGAAAAACCUUUUACCAGAUUGUCCAAACAUAAUAGAAGUCUCGAAGUUUGCAGUCUUGAUUUUUACUUCGAAGAGCCUCUACAGAAAAGAAGAAGAACUGAUGGAGAUCUAGAAAACCUAGAUUAUGAUGAUAGAAAUAUAGAAGAUAAAAACCUCAGCCUUAAGAGUUGUUUGAAUUCGAAAUUUUUGCAUUUAACGAAUAAAGCUAACAUUACAAUAGAUGAGAGCUUUCGUGAAUUCAAUGAAAACGAUGUAUUAAAGAUAUGCGAUGGAAGUAAUUUUGAAGAAAAUAAUAUAGUAGAUAAGUCUAAAUCCAAACUAAAUUUGGAAGAAGAGAAUUUUCAAGUUCAGUUUUCAAAUUUCAAGUUGAAUAAAGAAAAUGAAGGAGUUGAAAAUAAAGAUGAGUUAGAAGUGAAACUAAAUGAAGAGAUUUUUACUAUUAACGUAAAGCAUACGAAUAUUAAAUCUAAUUCCGAAAUUUGUAUUGAUAACAGUUUUGAUGAAUCCAAAUUCUUAAAUAGAAUUGAUCAGGUUUUAGAAUUAGCUUCUGAACAAAUAGAUAACGAUAAUGAAGUACGGGCAGAAGAUAGUCUUGAGAGUAUUGUCACGCGGACGAAAAAUCUCAAAAUAAGUGAAGAGUUCGAAAGUGCUGAACAUUUGGUAGAGAUAAAAAAGAAUACGAACGAAAACUAUGAUCCAAAAAGUGUUUAUCUUCAGGCAAUAAAGCACAAAGACAAAAGUGAAGAUAGAAGAUUUGUAGAUGAAGUAGAAUAUAAUAAUAAGAGCUACGAAAGAAAAAAACUUCCAUCUGAAAAUAAAACCAAAAUAGGAACGAUUUCGCGGUCAAGUAUCCCUCGUCAGAUUUCAACAACUGAUAUCAAACUAAAUACUAGUGAUCAGUUUUGGAAAAAGAAAAAAAAGAAAGAAGAAAUACCCAAUUUCAAAGAAAAUCUAUCCACUUUUAAAAACGAUUUGCAACCAAAGCUUCAAGAAAAAUGUGGAAAUUGCUUUGAUAAAGUUAUAGGAGAAGGAAAUAAAUACGAUCCGCAGAGCUUCCUUAAACCGAAAUCGAAUGUCUCUCGUCGACUUUCAAGAAGAAAAGAAACAAUUUGUUUAUCAUUACCAGGUAGUGAUCCAAGUUACUUUCAAGAAGGCGCAGAAGAAAAACUGAGCAGAGGCAGAGAAACCGAAGAAAUUGAUAUUACUGACUGCAAUUCUAAAGUGGAAACAAAUACUUUUGAAGAUAAUAAGCAAAUCACAAUCGGGAAUCCUAAAGUAGAAUUUCAAUCUAAGUCCUUGUCACCUUUUAGACCUCAUGAUUAUGCAUCAGUUAAAUUAAAUUCAUCCCAGCUGGAAAAGAAGAUUCGUCGUAGUUUAAACCUUCUUCGUAGCAGUACCGACACUUUGAUAUCUUCAGUAGAAGAUAUCGAAACUACUUCAAAAACACCAAGCAUGGUGGAUUUCUUCUUCGACGAAACUUGCACGAUUGAGGAAAUUCGAACACCUCAUGGGAGCACAAGGUACAAAUUAUUUCCCGUUAUUGGAACUGAUUCGAAGAAUUUGGGGAAAGGCGAAUCUGUGAAGAAUUAUUCUCGAGGAGGUGCUUAUUGGGAACGGGUCUCUAAGGUUUCGAUGCGACGAUUGAUUGGAUCCGAAACUGUAAAAAAUGAGAGAGAGUUCAGACUUACAAAUAGGAAUCCUAGAGUUCACACAUUACCUCCCGUUGCUUGUUCAGCUUCUGGAAAAUUGAGCGGCAGUAAUAAAACCUACGACCCAUAUCUUAUGGCAGAACAACAAAUGCGAGACCUUUUAUCAGACACAAGUGAAAUAUCGUCAAUUGAUGGAACAUCCACACAACUGAAUUCUACACACAAAGAAAAUCCCACACACUGUCCCCUUACUCUCCCAUCAGCUUUUGCCAAAUAUCCUCCCCAAACAUUGCCAACUUCCAUCGACUCCUCGAAGAAGCGAGCAUCUUUAAUAGACCCACCUUCGGAAUUCGACGACCUUACCUCGGACUUUUCGAGCGACUGCACCGAGACAAACUCCAUGUCUCGUGAACACUUAGAUAACGACCUCAUUUCCCAGACCAGAGAUGCAGUCAUCAGUUCCACAAAUAAGGAAAAAUCCCCAAGUCGAGAUCAUAUUUUGGGAAGAAGAGUCAUAAUCGAUAGGUCAAAAGCUCUGGGAAGUGAUAUCGAAAACACGAGUAGAGGGCAAAGUUUGGUAAGCUCGGUGGAGAAGACUCGAAAAGUCCUGGAAAAGGUCUCAUGUCCGAAAAUUAUUCGACCCAUGGUCAGCAGAUCUCAUUCGGUUCGAGUAGCUUCAGCUCCUAAAAUUCCGGGGAGGAAAAGUUCGUCUUCUUCGGAGCGUUCUUCAAGUUCUCAGAAGAAGUGUAUGAAAAAUUCUAAGAGUUCAGAUUUUAGCCUCGCUGAUAGAAGCAAUAAUAAUAAUAAUAAUAAUAAUAAUAAUAAUAAUAGUAGUAGUAGUAGUAGCUAUACGAGUACGAUGAACGGCAGCAAUUUGAGUCUGAAUUCCAUUGUCUCUUCGGAUGUGGAUAUAAAGCGCUCGAAUUCAAUGUUUGAUGAACUGAUGAGCUCCUUCGAGGAGGACAGUUCCACUAUUCUCCCGUCCUUAAGGUCCCUUCUUAAAAGUGAUCCUUUAUCCGUGUCUAGUCCGAUCCAGAGCAACCACAAACGAAAUGGUCAGGUCAGUGAUGAUGAACUCUCGUCGCCUGAUAGCUACAAGAGGCCAGAUCACAGCAAACUCAGUGCGGAUUCUGCCUAUAGCAGUUUAAAUCGCAAAUAUUACAACCAUGGUCGCAGCACAAACGACAUGGCGAGUCGUUUGGAAGAAGACCCACCACCAAGAUGCAGAGAAGGGGAUUCCCGGUUCCUCAGCAAAAGCAAAAUGUCUAAAUUUUGUCACGAAUGCGGCUCCAAGUUUCCGGAUAGUGCCAAGUUCUGCUGUGAGUGUGGUAUCAAGAGACUUACCCUUUAAUCGUCCUCCUUAAAAACACAAUCGACGAUGAUUUUUAUACACUCAGUAAUCCGAAUUUAAGACUAAAGUUCGAAUAUACAAAUUUCGUUUUCAAAUGACAUUUUAUCAGAUAAAUUUAAACAGUUUAUUACAAUUGACAACAAAAAAGAUUAUGACAAAAUCUCAUUCUAAAUUUGAUUACAUUUGAUACCUUAAAGAAUAAAUCAAUUGAAUAAAAAAUGUCAAUUUUGGAUGUAAGAAAUUCAAAAGAAAACUCAUUUAGUUUGCUUUUAUCAUAAUUUAGAAAAAAAUGUGUUUGACUCUAUGAAGUAUAAUACUACAAAUUAAUUUCUGUUUUCAAUCCUUGCGAAAAUUCAGAUUUCGGGAAGGAAUAGUUUUGAGGAUAAGAUUUUAAACAAAUCUGUGAUUUAAAAAAACUACCAUUUUUCCAUAUAAAGGAUCUUAAGAAAGUUUCAAAGACGUCCAAUUGAGAUUUUAAUACGUUAUUGUUUACAAUAUUUUAAAACCUAUCCUAAACUUCAAGUGUUCCAAGCAUUCAACCAAAAUUCAUAAUUCAUUUUUAUUAAGAUUAACUAGUAUCAUCAAUGAGAGGUUUGGACUUUCAAUUACAAUAUUGUGAACACCUAUCUCUUCCCCUUUACCAUAAUAAUUUAAAAAUAAAAGUUUCAAUCCUGUCAAAGAUAUUCUUGAUUAUUUAAGAAUAUCAAACUCCGACGUCUUCGAAAAUUUAUAAUGUGGCGAAGUUGCUUAUUUACAAAUGAUACUUUGUUGUUACCGGUACAUGUUUGUAUUACAGUUUGUUUAUUAAAUAUUUUUUGCUAUUUAAUCUGACUGAUUACUGCAAGUAUUGUUUACAGUUUGAUUUUUAAGAAAAUGAAAGUCUGGGUAAAUUUGUGAGUGUGAAUUUUGCAAUGUAUUUUAUAUCAAGCAGCACAGAAGUCCUUUUUGCCCAACGUCUGUAACCCGUCGUUGAUCAUGAUACUAUUUGAAUAAGUUAAAUAAGUAAGAUUAUGUUAAGACGAAGUCGAUUCUUUAGUCUUACUCUAAGAUAGGAAAAAGUCAAAUAAUUGUGCAAUGAAAAACAAUAUUGAUAGAAAAUGGGCAAAAUAUUGAUUAUACGUAAAAUGAAAUGAGACACUUUACACAUACAAAAUUAUUUGUUAUCUUGCUUAAAAUUCAUGAUUUAUCAGGAAUUGUGAGAAGAAUAAAGAAAUCGACAUUUAGUGAUAUUAAUUUAGAUUUAGAUGAGAGACUGGUACGAAUAAUUAUCGGUUUUACAUCGCUUUAUGCUUUUUGCAAAAUCCUCUGGCGUUUUAAAAACCUGCUGAUGUAAUAAUUUCGAGAAUUUAGGAAUAAGGUACGUGUCGUGCGAAGCUUUUAAGUUGAUACAUUAUAAUCAUCAAUUAAUAAUAAAAAGAAACUAAUUAGCGAUACGAUUAGAAAACCAUUGGAGAUAGUGGCGUCAAUUAAAAAAUUUUUCGAAUUGAACACCAUCAUUUAGAAGUUCACAAUCCAUAAUAAGACUGAUCCGGAACUAAAUUUUCAUACAUAUAUUGUAGAACUUAUUUUUAUAGUAAAACCCAGAGCCAUAAGUAAAGCUUACAAAUUAAAAUUUCAUUAAGAAAUAGACUGAAACGUACAAUGUUAUAACAAGAAAGCGGCAAAAAUAUAAUUAAUAUGUAGUUAAAUUAUGUAAUAUUUAUUCAUCUCUUUAAUGAUCGGAUUUUCCAGGUUCUAAUUGCAUAUAUUAUUUCUUCUUAUAUCAAAAUACUGACUUUAAAGUUUUAUGUAUUUAAUUGUGCGCUUCCUAGCUGUAAUGAAUCGAUUUUGGCACUACAUAUUUUUAAGUUUUAUUCAUGGCUCUGUAUUUUUAAUUAAUCGUCCGUUUAGUGAACACCGAGCACCUGAGAUUUACUUUUCAUUCUCUGGUCCCUCUGUACCAAAGAAGAAGUUCCCACAAAUCUAAUCGUCGCUUUAAAUCGUCGAUUGCCUUCGUCAUAAUUGCAAUAGAUAAGAGGUCGGCUAAUAUAUUUGUGUAUGUUAUUGUGUAACGAUAACAAUCUGCGUAACUUUCGAAUUGUAUUUUUUUAAGUGCAAUAAAAUUAUGCUUGUACAA